CUCAGUUCCGCCCUCCCCCCACCAGUUCCCCGCGCUCCCCUGGCCGCCAUGUUUUCCAACAGGGCCCGGCUUUGGCUUCCCCCAUAAGGAAAUGGCCAAGGAACACCAAGGAGCCCUAGGGCCAUCGCUACUACGGAGCCCGAGCUAACGAAGCUUGAAGGAGGCCAUGGCGUCCAGCAGUAACUGGUUGUCCGGGGUGAACGUCGUGCUGGUGAUGGCCUACGGGAGCUUGGUAUUUGUGCUGCUGUUCAUUUUUGUGAAGAGGCAGAUCAUGCGUUUUGCUAUGAAGUCUCGAAGAGGCCCCCAUGUCCCUGUGGGACACAAUGCUCCCAAGGAUCUGAAGGAAGAGAUUGACAUCCGACUAUCCAAGGUCCAGGAUGUAAAGUAUGAACCCCAGCUUCUUGAAGAGGAUGAUGCCAGACUUUUGCAGCUGGAGACACCAGGAAAUCAACAUUGCUACAACUACCUGUACAGGAUGAAAGCAUUGGAUGCCAUUCGUGCCUCUGGUAAGAGUCGGUCAGAGAUCCCAUUCCAUUCAGAAGGCCGGCAUCCUCGUUCCCUAAUGGGCAAGAACUUCCGCUCCUAUCUGCUGGAGCUUCGAAACACAAGUACCCCCUUCAAGGGUGUCCGAAAAGCUCUCAUUGAUACCCUGCUGGACGGCUAUGAGACAGCUAGAUAUGGAACUGGUGUCUUUGGCCAGACUGAAUAUCUACACUACCAAGAAGCACUGAGUGAACUGGCUGCAGCUGUCAAAGCUCGUGGUGGGAGCUCUCAGCGGCAGCACCAAUCAGCAGCUAAGGAUCUAACACAGUCUCCUGAAGUUUCCUCCCCAACAACUAUCCAGGUCACCUAUCUGCCCUCCAGCCAGAAGAGUAAAAGAGCCAAGCACUUCCUAGAGCUGAAGAGUUUUAAGGAUAACUACAACACACUAGAGAGCACCCUCUGACUGAAUUUGGGGAUAGCCAUAGCCAACAUAGCUCCAAUAGGAGAAUCCAGUCUGUACCCAGGAAUCUCUUCAGGGCAAGAGACACAGCAGCACUGGACAGCAUUGAUAGCAUUAUGCCCAGAAUUCUUGAAAUGUGUGUCUGGAGAUCAUUCCUUAGCUUAUCCCUGUGGUCUGUUGAACUACAGUUCCAUGAGGCUCUCUUUCCCUCUCCAAUAGAUUUUUUAAUGGAGUUGAAUCCACAUAUUUUUCUUCUCUUCGUGUCAUUUCCUCCUUACCCCAACUUGUUUUCGAUCAUGGUUAUUUUUUGCCUUCUCCCAAAGUCAGUUUUAUCCUAAAUAGAUUAGUGGGAGUGGGGGAGGGGGCAUUUAUGAUGUUAGAAAUGGAAACCACAGAGCCCCCUAUCUUACCCACUCAGGUGGGGACUCUAGCCCACAGACAUGUCAUUUAAAGUUGUGGAGUAAAAAAGGCAGAAGAGAACUAGGGUAUUGUACUUCAGCCAAGCCUUGUUGAGAUUUGUGUUGUGUUUCAUGCACUGCCUUGCCCUUCUCUUCACAUACUGUAUAGAACAAGAUGUGACUGAGGGAAACUGUCAGUGAUAUAGGCACUAAUUCCAUAUUCCCCCAAUAAGUCACUGCACUGGUCUGACUUUAUAAACCGGUUAUUUAAUAAAAACAGCUGUAAAAAUAA